GCCAUCAUGGCGUUCCUUCCGGACGAGGCGCGGUCGCUGCCGCCGCCUCCCCUCGUCAACAAGGGCUCCGUCUGGCUGGGUCUGUGCGGCUGGGUGGCGGCAUUGCUGGACAACGGCUUCAACCAUCGCCCCGUUAUCCGAGCCGGUGUUCACCGCCAGGUCCUGUUCACUACCGUGGGGUGGUUCGCUGGCUAUUUCCUUGUUAAACGUGCAGAGUACAUGUAUGCCAAAGUGGACAGAGAACUUUUUGAGUACAUGAGGCAGCACCCGGAAGACUUCAAAAUAGGAGAAAAGAAGAGAAUAGGAGAGCUGUGGGACGGUUUCCACCCAGUUCGCUGAGGGUUUCUCCAGCAGUGAUGUGUCACAGGAGGAUCUGCUGAACCAAUUCCAUACUGAGAGCUUCAGCGGGGUGGCUGUAGCUGCUCAACCCUCCGUGGCUUGGAAAAUGAACCAUUACUGGCUUUCAUGUAAUAAAAGCUAUG